CCAUAGUAACCGCCCGAGCCAAACCACCUUCUUCCCGGCUCGAUGGAGGGUCGCUAAAAACCAAGGUUCCGGAUCGCGUUAUUUUAGGGGCCAACCGAGGUCACUGACGAGAUCACCAGCCAUGUCUUUCCGUGACCUAAGGAAUUUUACAGAAAUGAUGAGGGCUCUCAGAUAUCCCCGACACAUCUCUAUGGAGAAUUUUUGCACACCAAACUUUGGGCUUGUAUCUGAAGUGCUUCUCUGGCUUGUAAAGAGGUAUGAGCCUCAGACUGACAUUUCUUCUGAUGUUGAGACAGAGCAGGAUCGAGUUUUCUUCAUUAAGGCAAUUGCACAAUUCAUGGCCACCAAAGCCCAUAUAAAACUUAACACUAAGAAACUGUAUCAAGCAGAUGGCUAUGCAGUAAAAGAACUAUUGAAAAUCACAUCAGUCCUUUAUAAUGCCAUGAAAACUAAAGGAAUGGAAGGUUCUGAAAUAGGAGAAGAAGAUAUCAGCAAAUUCAAAUUUGAUCUUGGCUCAAAGAUUGCAGAUUUGAAAGCAGCUAGGCAGCUUGCUUCUGAAAUUACAUCAAAAGGAGCAUCUCUCUAUGAUUUACUUGGCAAAGAAGUGGAGCUGCGGGAGUUGAGAACAGAAGCAAUUGCCAGACCACUGGAGAUAAAUGAGACUGAAAAAGUGAUGAGGAUUGCAGUUAAAGAUAUUUUGGCACAAGUUCAGAAAACUAAAGAUUUGCUCAACAAUGUGGCCUCGGAUGAAGCAAACUUAGAAGCCAAAAUUGAAAAAAGAAAAUUAGAACUUGAAAGAAACCGAAAGCGCCUACAAACUCUGCAGAGUGUCAGACCAGCCUUUAUGGAUGAAUAUGAGAAGAUUGAGGAGGAAUUGCAGAAGCAAUAUGACAUAUAUCUGGAAAAAUUUCGAAAUCUGGCCUACCUAGAACAACAACUUGAGGAUCAUCAUAGAAUGGAGCAGGAAAGAUUUGAGGAAGCUGAAAAUACUUUACGUCUAAUGCGGAAUAAACUUAAGGAAGAAGAAAAGCGACUUCUUAAGAGUGGAAGUAAUGAUGAUUCAGACAUAGACAUCCAAGAAGAUGAUGAAUCUGACAGUGAAAUGGAAGAGAGACGAUUAUCAAAGCCACGAACAGCCAUGGAAGUUUUGAUGCAAGGAAGACCCAACAAACGCAUCGUGGGUACAAUGCAAGGUGGAGAAACUGAUGAUGAUGAAGAUUCAGAGGACAGCGAAAUUGAUAUGGAAGAUGAUGAAGAUGAUGAUGAUGAUCUGGAAGAUGAAAGCAUAGCUUUCUCCCCAACUAAGCCAAAUCGUAGGGCCCGGAAACCUGAGCCGCUGGAUGAGAGUGACAAUGAUUCUAGCUUACUCCUCCUGGCCCCUAUGUAA